AUGGCCAACAUCAAUGAGAAGAAUGUGUACUUCGGUACGGAUUCACUGAAGAAAUACUUCAAUCCAGACUGUCAGCCACCACUGCCUCUGGUAGAAUUGCCCGAGCAUCUGAAUCCAUAUUAUCAUGAUGGAGUUCGGAUAUAUGCCAAAAUGAUGACCAUGCACCCCGCCAAUAAUGUGAAGAGCAUGCCAGCGUUAAAUAUGCUCGAGUCGAGUGUGCAGCCCGAUAAGACCAACACAAUCAUCGAGUAUAGUUCCGGAUCGACGGUCAUCUCCAUGUCCAUGAUUGCUCGAGUCAUGCACGGUGUGCAAGACACUAGGGCCUUCUUAAGCAACAAGACAAGUGAUGCUAAAUUGAAAUUGAUGCAAUUCUUCGGACUGAACAUCACUCUGUUCGGUGGACCUUCUCAACCCGAGCCCGUGGACAGCCGCGGUGGUAUUCAAAAUGCGCGUCGUAUGGCCAUGGAAUCCGAAGAUAUUGUCAACCCCAACCAAUAUGAGAACGACAAGAACUGGCAGUCUCACAUUCGCUGGACCGGUCCUCAAAUUUACAAACAACUGCCCGAGAUCAACGUUCUAUGUGCGGGUAUGGGUACUUCCGGUACCAUGACAGGCCUCGGAACAUACUUCAAAAGCGUUAAGCCAUCCGUAACGAGGCUCGGCGUGUGCACAGCAGCUGGAGACCGGGUUCCUGGACCUCGCUCCUUCGCUCUCAUGCGACCCGUGGAGUUCCCCUGGAAAGAAGCAGUGGAUGUGAUCGAGGAGGUCGGAUCUUCCGACUCAUACACUCUAUCUCUACAGCUCUGCCGCGAGGGGCUGGUAUGCGGCCCGUCCUCCGGAUUCAAUCUUCAAGGUCUGUUUCAGAUGGUAUCAAAGCGCAAGGCAGCUGGCACAUUAUCCGAUCUGGCGGGUCCAGAUGGAUUGACCCACUGCGUAUUCCUGUGCUGCGAUCUCCCAUACCAGUACAUUGAAGAAUACUUCCAGAAAUUGGGGACCACACAAUUUCCUCCCAUCCGUAACGAGCGCCUGACGAAAGUUGAUCUCCACCGCUACGAUGAGGCCUGGGAACGCGAUGCCCUCGAAGUACUACCCGAGGUAUACGGAUCACCACGCUCUCUCGCAGAAACACCGCUGCGAGAAAUCACGCUGAAGCCCCAGCACCGGGUGAUAGAUUUACGAAAAGCAACAGACUUCGGGGAGUGGCAUUUGCCCGAGUCGAUUAACCUGCCGCUGAACAGUGCUGGCCCGCACACGCCGUCGCCGUUUUCGGAUCCCACGGUGUUGGAGGCGCAGUGGGUGGAGCUGGAGCAGAUCUUCCAUGACAGAUUGGUAUCGGAUCUUGGAUCGCAUCACGUUGUGGUCGUGUGCUAUGAUGGGGACACGGCACGCGUGGCAACCAGCGUGCUGCGGGCCCGCAACAUCGAAGCGGAUAGCGUACGUGGGGGAUACCGGGCACUGAAGAUAUAUGGGAUCGGAAAUGAUGGGCCCAUCACUGCGGAUGAGAAGGUCAAGGUACCGAUUGCAACAGCGGUUUCAGUAUCGGCAGUGCCCCUUGAUUGA